GAAAGAAGAGGCUUCUGAAGAAGCAUCACAGUCUUUCUCAGUGGUUACGGAUUAACCCCAAAUACCAUUUCUCUGCUUGGGUGGUUGGAGGAUUCUGCAUUUUUCCAGAGGAUCUCCCUAGCAAGUCUUGUCAUCUGUUGGUGCAGGGUCUGCUAUGAUUUGCAAGGUUUCUCCCACAUCAGCACCUUCAUGUAUAAGAGGCUGAUUGGUAAUUAGUGCAGGAUGAGAAGAUGGAGCAGCCACUGCUACCCCCACCAGGACCUGACAGCCUUCGACAAUUCACCAGGGAAUCUCUUGCUGCUCUUGAAAAGCGCAUUGCAGAAGAAAAAGCCACAAAGCCACCUAAGGAUCGCAGAGAUGAUGAUGAUGAAAAUGGACCCAAGCCAAAUUCGGACUUGGAAGCUGGCAAAAAUUUACCAUUUAUUUAUGGAGACAUUCCACCGGGAAUGGUGGCAGUGCCAAUGGAAGACCUGGACCCAUAUUACAGAAACCAAAAGACUUUUAUAGUAUUGAACAGAGGGAAGGCAAUCUUCCGCUUCAGUGCCACAUCUGCCUUGUACAUUUUAACUCCUUUCAAUCCUCUUAGAAGAAUAUCUAUAAAGAUUUUGGUACAUUCUUUAUUCAGCAUGCUCAUUAUGUGCACUAUUUUGACCAAUUGUUUCUUCAUGACCAUGAGUAACCCACCAGAAUGGACCAAGAAUGUUGAAUAUACCUUCACUGGAAUUUAUACAUUUGAAUCACUUGUUAAAAUACUUGCAAGAGGUUUUUGUUUAGAAAGCUUCACUUUUCUACGGGAUCCAUGGAAUUGGCUUGAUUUCAGCGUCAUAUCCAUGGCAUAUGUGACAGAGUUUGUGGACCUGGGCAAUGUCUCAGCAUUGAGAACAUUCAGAGUUCUCCGAGCAUUGAAAACAAUAUCAGUCAUUCCAGGCCUGAAGACAAUUGUGGGCGCACUGAUUCAGUCAGUGAAGAAGCUUUCGGAUGUUAUGAUUCUCACAGUGUUUUGCCUCAGUGUGUUUGCACUAAUAGGGCUACAGCUUUUCAUGGGGCACCUGAGGAAUAAAUGUGUAAGGUGGCCGCCUGAUUAUGAAGCAAAUAUUACUUCCUACUUUAAUGAAACUGCUGGCAUCUAUAUAAAUACAACUCUAAACCCAUUUAAUAAAAAAGAGUACAUCGAAGAUGAAAAUAAUUUUUAUUUUUUGCCUGGAACGAGAGAUGCUCUUCUGUGUGGCAACAGCUCAGAUUCAGGGCAAUGUCCAAAAGGAUAUGUGUGUUUGAAGACCGGAAGGAACCCUAACUACGGUUACACAAGUUUUGACUCAUUUGGCUGGGCUUUUUUAUCACUGUUUCGGUUAAUGACUCAGGAUUUCUGGGAAAAUCUUUAUCAAUUGACGCUAAGAGCUGCUGGUAAAACCUACAUGAUAUUUUUUGUGUUGGUGAUUUUCCUGGGUUCUUUCUAUUUGAUAAACUUGAUUUUGGCUGUGGUGGCCAUGGCUUAUGAAGAGCAGAAUCAGGCAACCUUAGAAGAAGCAGAGCAGAAAGAAGCAGAAUUCCAGCUUAUGAUGGAUCAACUGAGAAAACACCAGGAAGAAAUUCAGGCAGCGGCAUUUGCAGCAGAAGCAAUGGACGGAUCCAGAGAAUUUAGUGGUGGAACAGGCUAUGGUGGGCUUUCAGAGAGCUCUUCUGCAGCAUCAAAACUAAGCUCAAAAAGUGCUAAGGAGAGAAGAAAUAGAAGGAAAAAGAGAAAACAAAAAGAGCAGGGUGAGGGUGAUGAGAAGGGAGAUGAUGAAAAAUUCCACAAGUCAGCUUCAGAAACAAGCAUAAAGAGAAAAGGCUUUCGUUUUUUGGAAGGAAACCUACUGUCCUAUGAGAAGAAGUACUCUUCCCCACAUCAGUCCCGCCUCAGUUUUCGUGGCUCCCUCUUUUUCCCAAGGCGUGAUAGUAGAGCGAGCCUGUGUAGCUUCAGAGGCCGUGGGAAGGAUGUAGGAUCAGAAAACGACUUUGCCGAUGAUGAACACAGCACGUUUGAGGACAAUGAAAGCCGAAGAGGUUCAUUGUUUGUUCCUCACAGACAUGGAGAGAGAAGGAAUAGCAACAUAAGUCAAAUUAGCAAGGCAUCAAGGACCCUACCGGUGCUACCAGUGAAUGGGAAGAUGCACAGCACAGUGGAUUGCAAUGGAGUGGUCUCUCUGCUUGGUGGCCCAUCAGGUCCAACAUCGCCUGCUGGACUACUUCUGCCAGAGGUGAUAAUAGAUAAACCAGCUUCUGAUGACAAUGGAGCCAAUACUGAGAAUGAACUGAGGAAAAGACGGCUCAGUUCGUAUCGUGUUUCUAUGGAUUUUCUGGAAGAUCCGAUUCUCAGACAAAGGGCUCUGAGCAUUGCCAGCAAUCUAACAAAUACAAUGGAAGAACUUGAAGAAUCCAGAGAAAAAUGUCCGCCAUGCUGGAAUAAAUUCUCCAAUACAUAUCUUAUCUGGGAUUGCUGUGACUGUUGGCUGAAAUUAAAGCAUGUUGUCAACUUGUUUGUGAUGGACCCGUUUGUGGAUCUUGCCAUAACAAUCUGCAUUGUUUUGAACACAUUAUUUAUGGCAAUGGAGCAUUACCCAAUAACUGAAGAAUUUAGCAAUGUGCUCUAUGUGGGAAAUUUGGUGUUUACAGGCAUUUUUACAGCUGAGAUGGUUUUAAAGCUAAUUGCCCUCGAUCCCUAUUACUAUUUCCAAGUUGGCUGGAAUAUAUUCGAUGGGGUUAUUGUCAGUCUCAGCUUGUUGGAACUUGGUCUUGCUAAUGUUGAAGGGUUAUCAGUUCUUCGAUCUUUCAGAUUGCUUCGUGUAUUCAAGUUGGCAAAAUCCUGGCCUACACUGAACAUGCUGAUAAAGAUCAUUGGCAAUUCUGUAGGAGCUCUGGGGAACCUGACUCUGGUGUUGGCCAUCAUAGUUUUUAUUUUUGCUGUGGUUGGCAUGCAGCUUUUUGGUAAAAGUUACAAGGAAUGUGUCUGCAAAAUUUCACCAGAUGACUGUGAACUUCCCCGUUGGCACAUGAAUGACUUCUUCCACUCCUUCCUUAUUGUGUUCCGAGUUCUGUGUGGAGAAUGGAUUGAAACCAUGUGGGACUGUAUGGAGGUUGCAGGACAAGCUAUGUGUCUCACUGUAUUUAUGAUGGUCAUGGUUAUUGGAAACUUAGUGGUGUUAAAUUUGUUUUUAGCUUUGCUGCUCAGCUCAUUUAGCUCCGACAAUCUAGCUGCUACAGAGGAUGAUAAUGAAAUGAACAAUCUACAGAUUUCAGUGGCCAGAAUGCAUGAAGGAAUAGCCUAUGUGAAAAGGAGCGUACGGCAAUUUAUACACAAUGCCUUUGUCAAAAAACAAAAAGCUUUAGAAGAAACCAAACCUUUAGAAGACAUGCAGAACCAAAAGGACAGCUGCAUUUCUAAUCACACCAACGUGGAAAUGAGCAAAGAGUAUGACUACCUGAAAGAUGGAAAUGUAACGACUGCCACGAGUGGCAUAGGCAGCAGCGUAGAAAAGUACAUGAUAGAUGAAAGUGACUACAUGUCUUUCAUUCAUAACCCAAGCCUCACCGUCACCGUCCCUAUCGCUGUGGGGGAAUCAGAUUUUGAGAAUCUGAACACAGAGGAAUUUAGUAGUGAAUCUGAUAUGGAAGAAAGCAAAGAGAAGCUCAACUCAUCCAGCUCAUCAGAAGGCAGUACUGUUGACAUCAGACCUGCUGGGGAAGGAGAACCUGUUCCACAGGUGGAGGUUGAAGAGUUUGAGGAGCCAGAAGCUUGUUUCACAAAAGGAUGUAUCAGGAAAUUUCCAUGCUGUGAUGCUGAUGUCUCACAUGGCAAAUGGAAGAAGUGGUGGAACCUCAGAAAAACAUGUUUCUUAAUUGUAGAACACAACUGGUUUGAGACCUUCAUAAUCUUUAUGAUUCUUAUGAGUAGUGGUGCCCUGGCAUUCGAAGAUGUCUACAUAGAACAAAGAAAAACAAUAAAAAUAAUGUUGGAAUAUGCAGACAAGGUUUUCACUUACAUCUUUAUCUUGGAAAUGCUUCUGAAAUGGGUGGCAUAUGGCUUUCAAAAAUACUUUACCAAUGCCUGGUGCUGGUUGGACUUCCUAAUUGUUUUUGUUUCUUUGGUUAGCUUAACAGCUAAUGCCUUGGGCUACUCAGAAUUAGGAGCUAUUAAGUCCCUUAGGACACUAAGGGCAUUGAGACCUCUGAGGGCCCUCUCGCGGUUUGAAGGGAUGAGGGUUGUAGUGAAUGCCCUUGUUGGAGCUAUUCCAUCCAUUAUGAACGUCCUUCUGGUUUGCCUCAUAUUUUGGCUCAUUUUUAGCAUAAUGGGAGUAAACAUGUUUUCUGGAAAGUAUGGCUACUGUGUGAAUUACACAGAUGAUUUAGUGUUUGACUACACAUUUGUUAAUAAUAAGAGCCAAUGCAUGGAUCUUAUUAGAGACAAUGAAACGGCCAGAUGGAAAAUCGUGAAAGUGAAUUUUGAUAAUGUGGGAUUUGGAUAUCUUUCUUUGCUUCAGGUGGCAACAUUCAAAGGAUGGAUGGAAAUAAUGUAUGCAGCAGUUGAUUCACGAAAGCAAGAGGAACAGCCAAAAUAUGAAGACAAUCUGUAUAUGUAUUUGUACUUCGUUAUUUUUAUCAUUUUUGGAUCAUUUUUCACUCUCAACCUUUUCAUUGGUGUCAUCAUUGAUAACUUUAACCAGCAGAAGAAGAAGUUUGGAGGUCAAGACAUCUUUAUGACGGAAGAGCAAAAAAAAUAUUACAAUGCAAUGAAGAAGCUGGGGUCCAAGAAACCACAAAAGCCUGUUCCAAGACCAGAUAAUAAAUUUCAAGGCGCUGUCUUUGAUUUUGUCUCAAAACAACCGUUUGAUAUAAGCAUUAUGAUUCUGAUCUGUUUAAAUAUGGUAACAAUGAUGAUUGAAACAGAUGACCAAAGCGAUGAAACGGAGAACAAUUUGUACUGGAUAAAUGCAGUUUUUAUUGUUCUUUUUACUGGUGAAUGUGUGCUCAAGUUGAUAUCCCUACGCCAUUAUUACUUCACAAUUGGCUGGAACGUAUUUGAUUUUGUGGUUGUAAUUCUCUCUAUAGUAGGAAUGUUUCUGGCGGACCUUAUUGAAAAAUAUUUUGUGUCACCCACCCUGUUCAGAGUCAUCCGAUUAGCUAGAAUUGGUCGAAUCCUGCGUCUCAUCAAGGGAGCUAAAGGCAUUCGUACUCUGCUGUUUGCCUUGAUGAUGUCACUUCCUGCUUUGUUCAAUAUUGGUUUACUGCUCUUUUUGGUGAUGUUCAUCUACGCCAUUUUUGGCAUGUCCAACUUUGCCUAUGUUAAAAAAGAAGCUGGAAUUGAUGACAUGUUUAAUUUUGAGACCUUUGGCAACAGCAUGAUCUGUUUAUUCCAAAUUACAACAUCUGCAGGAUGGGAUGGUCUUUUAGCACCAAUUCUUAACAGUGGGGAGCCAGACUGUAGUCCAAAGGCAGAACACUCAGGAAGCAGUGUAAAAGGUGACUGUGGAAAUCCUUCUGUUGGGAUUUUCUUUUUUGUAAGCUAUAUCAUAAUAUCAUUCUUGGUUGUAGUAAACAUGUACAUAGCUGUUAUCUUGGAAAACUUCAGUGUUGCUACUGAGGAAAGUGCCGAACCUUUAGGAGAAGAUGACUUUGAGAUGUUCUAUGAGGUCUGGGAAAGAUUUGAUCCAAAUGCAACACAAUUUAUACAAUAUGUUAAACUCUCUGAUUUUGCUGAUGCACUGGAUCCACCUCUCCGAAUGCCAAAACCAAACAAUGUCCAGUUAAUUGCAAUGGAUCUGCCUAUGGUGAGUGGGGACAGAAUUCACUGCCUUGAUGUCCUAUUUGCCUUUACAAAGCGUGUGUUAGGUGAAGGUGAUGAAAUGGAUAACUUAAGACAGCCAAUGGAAGAACGAUUCAUGGCAUCCAAUCCUUCGAAGGCUUCCUAUGAACCAAUCACAUCUACUUUACGUAGGAAACAAGAGGAGUUAGCUGCCAUAGUUAUUCAGCGCUGCUACAGAUGCUAUGCUUUAAAGAAAGGCAUAAAACAUGCUUCCUUUAUGUACAGUCAGGAAAAGAGCAAAGAUGGAGGGAGUCUACUAACAAGGAAAGAUAUGUUGAGUGAUCGAGUAAAUGGAAACUCUACAACAGAGAAAGCAGACAUUACUCCUUCAACAACCUCUCCUCCAUCCUAUGACAGUGUUACAAAACCAGAUAACGAAAAACACGAAAAAGACAAAAUAGAGAAGGAAGACAGGGGCAAAGACGUCAGGGAGUAUAAAAAAUAAUUUCAGUGGCAAACUGUUUACAGCCUGUGAACAUUGUUUCUUGAUGUCAUCAGGACUACUUCCAGAGAUUUAUGCCAAACUGACAGUUCUUAUAAUUAUGUACUUUUGGUCAGUGCCUACAAUAAGACAGUGACCCCUUGUAAGUCAGUGACUACAAUGGAAACCAACAAACUUGACGGGAGGUUACUUUUUCAACCUCUUCAUCUCUAUGAUGCUUGCAAUGCAUUUCUUAUUGAUGCUUUGCUGGGCUCUUAAGAAGUAAAGGGGUUAUUUCCUAGCUGACACUGCUGAAGAGGAUAGUCCAAACGGCUACUCAGACUGUGUGGAACGGGGACCAUUUUGUGGGAUACAAACAUGUAAUUUUUUUGUGUGCUGAACACUUUAGUAAAGUCCUUGUAUCCACUGUUUGCAUUUCAACUGCCAUAUUUGCCAUAUGUUUACAAACUCUAUGUUUAUGGAUUCAUUGUUUUUUUGAAUUCAUAGGUUCUCUACUAUAUAUGUGACUAUUUUUGUACUUGGGUUUUAUGUUGGAAUUGGGGCUGAUACUUACCACUUCAAAGGUAUGAGAACCAGGUGUUCUGCUAUAUCUUUCUCUAUAACAUAUGAAUAAAACAGAUUGCAUGAAUGCAUGCUGAAAUCAUAGGUCAUGCAUGAAAAAAACAUAGCGCUACAAAAAAAAAGUGUGGAGGUGCUUAUCUGUUCAUGCUGAGUCACAUAAAGAGAAGUUAAUACACGCCUGCAAUGCCCCAUUGAGUCCCAGAUCAGAGGGCAGUUGGAUUUAUCCUUUAUGCAAACCUCAGCUUGUGCAAACACUUAUCUAGUGCCCCAAGGCACAAAUUCACAUUUGACCAUCACAAGAUUGACCAGAUAAAAACUUUCUUUAAGCCUUGUCCUGCAUUAUUGUUUGGCCACCUUCAGCUGUCAGUAAGGUUGAUAUUGUACAUGCCAAUGGAAAUGCUUAUGUUAUGGUAUGUAAAUAGUUAUUUUAUCCUGUGGUGGAUUUUUGAGCAAAAAAAUAAUGACUUGGGCACAAUAUUUAUUGCAUCAAAUAUGUACCACAAUAUGUGUAGUUUGCAAGCUUUUGAAGAAUAAUAGAAAAUAUUCUGUACCAAUAUAAAUAGUUUGGACGAGAUCACAAUUGCAUGUUUAUAUUGCUUGGGCUGCUUUAUGAUGUUUAUUUUUCCACUGUCCAGCAGUCUGAUAUGGAAAGCCAUAUACCAAAUGGUAAAGUAAGACAAGCUGUUCAACGGUUUCGACAAAAAACUGUUUUCAUUGUCAUUAAUCUCUUUGCUGCCGGAGGCUAGAAACUCAUAAUUUUGCCACUGUCAAAGCUAAAGGGUUGCCCUUUAGGUACCAGGUUAAAUAGCUUUGGUCCUUAAGGGGUUAAGCAAUAGUUUGCAGCUGAUUCUAUAGUUCUGUUUUUCUUUUUCUGUUCCCAUUAUUGUUUAUUUUGUAUCAUUUUUAACCAUUUCCUAUAAAUUCAGAUUAAAAAUAUAUACAAACAUUGGGUAAUAUUGCAAACUACAAAGCAUAAAGAGUUUAUAAGAUGAUCAACCUAUAAAUACUGUAAAUAUUCAUUUAGCUUUAUUUUUCAGCAUUUUGUACAUAAGGGGAGAGACAAAACUUAACUGUAGGGUUAAUGUUGUGGUCACUUUUGUUACUAUCCAUGCUUAGCACUAAUCAAUUGGAGAUCUUUUACCAAAUAAAAGAAAAGAGUUGUACAUUUGCUAUUUUAUUACUUUGUUUUUUGUGCACACAAUGAAUGUGGAAUUGUACUUGUGAAACUGAAACCACAGAUCACUCAUUCAACCAUAGCGGGAUCAUGUAAAAUAUCACUGGGUACCAAUAUACAGAGGUUGUGAGCACAGCCUGCAUCAGGUGUUGAAACUUUUUAAUGCUGGACAUACCUGGAACACUCUAAAAGCAACCUGUUUCAGGUACGGAGGUGCUAAAAAGGUUACUGUUUUAAAUGCCAUUAUCUUUCUUAGAGUCUUAUUUCAUAUUUGUUCUAUUCUUGUUGGUUCAUGCUGCACUGGAAUGUUUUAAAAAACAUGUGGGAUCCACAUAUUUUAAUUUUCCACACAAAAAAAAGACACGAGUUUGCUGAUUACACCAUGUUAGCUUAAAGUUCUGUUUCGGACACAUGCAAAAAGUUAAUUGUAGACUCCUUUGCUUUCCAAGACUUAAAUGACUUGUAGUGUACUGUGAACUGCAUGCAGGGAAAUGCUAUUACCUAAACGUACAGCUAACAACAUUACAAACAAGCCAAAAGAAUAAAGAUUACAUUUUGUAUGGUA